AUGAUGGCCAGGGUUCCCCACCAAAACUACGAACAAGAACUCAUCGAGCUUGGUGGGCUCUUGCAUACCAGGCGACUGGUCGAGAUGAAUUCUCUCAAGUCAGCACAGGACUUGAGACUCGCUCCCUACGAGGCCAUCCAGACAGACCUGAGUGCUGAUAUUUCAAUCGCAGUAUGCUCCAGGCCACUGGGCCAGGUGAAUACUAUCCAAUAUGUUGAAGGACCCCCGCUCCCAGCAGCCGAGUCUGAUGAUGCCGUGGAUGUCAAGGUGAAGGCCGUCGUACUUGAGAGCCAGCUCUGUUUCGCGACUGCCAACGACGACGGAAGUCGAAGUCUUGGCAGGUUCUUUCAGGCGUUGUGGUGA